GACUCAUUCACACACUCCUCUUCAAGGCUGCUUACUUACCAACACACGACUCCCCAACAAAAAUCCUCUGGCAGGCUUGGAUUUAAGUCGUAGGGCACGAACAUCCUUGAGCAGCAGCAUCCACUGGACACAUCGUUUUUUUUUGUUAAAAGAACAUAAUGUGUUUGGAAACAUACAAUCUAGAAAUAUAUAUGUUCAGGUUUUGUCCUAUGGGCCUUAUCCUAACAAAUAUGAAAGUAAUCCCGCGUGGCGCGGGUGGGGCAGCGGCGCGCGAUGUUUGGUGAGAACAACACAUGGAGCAUCACUAAGGCGCGGGAGCGCACUGGGGACGCGCAGCCGCGGCUGGACGCCACUCCACUCCUGACCAUCCGGAGACGCGCGACCACGCGUUGGCAAGAGUGCGGAGGAGCAGUUUGUUGUCCCUUUAAGUAAGUUAUCUCGAAUAAUGAUCAACUGUCUACGAAUAAACCCCCAAAGAGGGGCUCUGUUCCUGCGCGCGUCGCCAUGUCGUCAGAUUAGCGAAUUGGCCGCGGAGCUGCGCGUUUGGAUGGACUCCACGGUCAUUGUAGGGCUGAACGUGAAUUGUUUUUGCCCAGAUUCCGCCACUCCGGGAUGUACAUAGAGCGCACGCACCGCCGCCAUGGAUUCCUUUAACGCCAGCGGGAUGGACGCGUUCGCGGUGAUCCAUCUGAAUUCCUCCUGGAGUCUGGACAGCGGAUAUUCUAUAGGGGCGAUAGCCAGCAUCGCCGCUCUUGUGAGUUUCCUCAUUCUCUUCACCGUCGUUGGGAAUAUUCUGGUGGUUAUCGCGGUGCUGACGAGCAGGGCGCUGAAAGCCCCGCAGAACCUUUUUCUGGUGUCUCUGGCCACCGCGGACAUCCUGGUCGCCACUCUGGUGAUGCCGUUUUCCCUGGCGAAUGAACUUAUGGGCUACUGGUAUUUUGGAAAUGUUUGGUGCGGUAUUUAUCUGGCUUUGGAUGUUCUGUUCUGCACCUCCUCUAUUGUCCAUCUGUGCGCAAUAAGCCUGGACCGCUACUGGUCCGUUACGCAGGCGGUCGAGUACAACCUGAAGCGGACCCCCAAGCGCGUCAAGUGCAUCAUCUUAAUCGUGUGGCUGAUAUCUGCUUUCAUCUCGUCCCCGCCGCUCUUGUCUAUCGACAGCAGCUCUACUAUCGGCUCUCAGCCUCAGUGCGCGCUGAACGACGACACCUGGUACAUCCUCUCCUCCAGCAUCGCGUCCUUCUUCGCGCCGUGCUUAAUCAUGGUGCUGGUGUACAUCAGAAUAUACCAGGUGGCCAAGACCAGAACCAGAACCAUGUCGGGUAAAAAGCCCAGGCCGGAUGGUGUCACGCAAACUGAGAAUGGGCUGAGCAAAGCCAGCUCCCCUUUCCAGGGCGAGAGAGAGAACGGACACUGCCAGUACCCGCCUACGCCCAGCCAACGCACCGCCACCGGCGGGCAACAGACGGACGAUGCUGACAUGGAGAGCUCCUCCUCUGAGGGCAAAGGUCACAAGACCAAACAGGACGACUCCACGGCGGCCAAGAGGGCCGGCCACGAGAGGAGCGCUCUCUCCAAGCAGUCCACUCGCAUCUCCAGAGUCAGCAACAAAUCCAUGGACCUCUUCACCUCCAGGAGGAAACGCCGCCGGGGCUCUUUGGCCCGGAAAAAGGCCUCUCAAGCCAGGGAGAAGAGGUUCACGUUCGUCUUGGCUGUGGUCAUGGGGGUGUUUGUUGUGUGCUGGUUCCCCUUUUUCUUCAGCUACAGCCUGUACGGUGUGUGCAGGGACUCGUGUAAGAUCCCCGACCCGCUCUUCAAAUUCUUCUUCUGGAUCGGCUACUGCAACAGCUCCCUAAACCCGGCCAUCUACACCAUCUUCAACCGGGACUUCAGACGAGCCUUCCAAAAGAUCAUGUGCAAGUCCUGGAGAAAGUCCUUCUGAAUCUGAAGGCGAAUGGCUGCACCGCCGUGACAAUCUCAAAGGAAUUAUCAAAGUGAUUAAAAAAGAAAGAAAGAAGAAGCUUCUUUUGUCUGUUACAGUUUUUGUCUCAUUGUCCUGUUGUAAUUCAGUCCCGGCUCUUAACAGCCUACUGGGUGUCUCCACAAGGUCUGAAAAAGGAGCACCGCCUCUCUUUUACUAAUACCGAUGUGUGCUGUAACGCUUUAUGGUGUUUGAUCAUUAGCGAGCUCCGCAAAAGAAACACACAUGGAACACAUUUCAUUUCAUUCACCUGCUUGGAGGCUCCGCGGCAAAAAUGGCUUCCCGGGCGACUGAUUUCAAUCUCAAUCUCUGCAAACAGCUUCUACGUCAGUUUUUGUACAAAAUACUACUCGUGCACGGAUUUGCUGUGGCAACAUAUUUAAUUGAGAAAUAUUUAACACGCGUAAACACUUACGCUGACAUAAUGAAGGGUUUAAAACGGCAUUUAGAAACAAGGGAUCCUUUUUUCCAGACAGAGCCUCAAGUGGUGAGUUAGACGAGGCGAUGAACCUGUUACGUCUGUGUGGUCGACGCGCCGCUGCGUAGCCUUAGCUUAGCAACCACAAACAUCUGGCCUGAAACGCUCCAAAGGUAACAAAAGAUGUCUCAUGGCACAUCCGAUGCUCACUUCAUAUCUGGAUCGUUAAAUCGCCGAAGCUUAAAAACAACAAUUUGCUGUUUUACGACGGGUUAGGUACUUUUUGUUUUUGUUGGAAGCAGUUACUAGGCAACCAGGGGAGCCUCAAAUUCAAUAAGUGACCUGUAAAGCGUUAGUUUUUGACAUUGCAGAUUUUGUACACAUUAAGCAAAAAAUAAAAAAGGUUUUUAAUCCUUUAAA